AUGGCUCGUACAAAGCAAACCGCUCGUAAAUCAACUGGUGGAAAGGCACCAAGAAAGACCUUGGCAACGAAAGCUGCUCGUAAGAGUGCCCCAGCUACCGGUGGUGUGAAGAAACCUCACAGAUACAGGCCAGGAACUGUCGCCCUGCGAGAAAUCCGUCGUUAUCAGAAAUCCACCGAGCUUCUGAUCCGCAAACUGCCUUUCCAACGUUUGGUUCGUGAGAUUGCUCAAGAUUUCAAGACCGACCUUCGUUUCCAAAGUUCAGCUGUGAUGGCUUUACAAGAAGCAAGCGAAGCUUAUCUUGUUGGUCUGUUUGAAGAUACGAACUUGUGUGCUAUCCACGCCAAGCGAGUGACCAUCAUGCCCAAAGACAUCCAGCUGGCACGACGAAUCCGUGGUGAACGAGCUUAA